AAGUAUUAUUAUUAUCAUUAUUGAGACACACAGAGAUGUCAUCAAGAAGGGGAGAUCAUCAGGGUCACCUCCAACUUCCUUAGACCUGGUCUUUCUUCUCUUGACUCCUACUGAGCUGCCCACUUCUACCAUUUAUUUGGUGCUUGCAGCUUUGUUUUGGUUACUCUUGCAUUCCUUUGUCCCUUCAUUCAUUUAUUCCUAAAGAGUUAGUAAGCACCCACUAAUGGACGGGGCCCAUUUUAGGCCGUGAAGCUCCUUGAGGGUGGGGGGGCCUCACUCUCCCGCCUUCAUUCUUAGUGGCAAGGGAAGAAGGCUCCAUUUCCAUCCCACCUAAGGGAGCCACAGUCAGUGGUGAGGCUGAGGCUUAAUUCUGCCUUUCUCAUCUUGCACAGGAGGCUAGAGGCGAUCGAGGAAUGGGAGUAGGUGGGGACCGGUUCCUCUCAAGACCCCAGCCCUUCUCCUCUCACUCCAGCCCUUGACCUCAGAGACGUGGACCAGCUCUCCCUCUAGUACCUACCUCUGGGGUGUAGAAAAAUGCAGACCACAUUGGAAACCUGGAGAUCUGUGCUCUCACUACAGCCUUGCUGCCUGUUUUUCUGCAAGCUACCUUCCCUCCGUGGGCCUCAGUUUGGCCCCCUGGCGAGCCAGAUCUCUAAGGCUCCAUGAAGUUCUACCCUGCCAGCCUGUUUCUCUACCCCAACUCCUUCCCCAGUUCAGAGAACCCAGGCAUCCAGCUGCCCCACCCAGCUCUGGGUAAACAGGAAGCUGGGUGAGGGGAGCAGGGGUGUGUGGAAAGUCCCAGCCAGGUGUGUGGGUCUACAGGGAGUGGGUGGCCCCACCCCUGAAGUAUGAAAGCCCCCUGCCCUGGCCCUGCUUUGGAGUCUCAAUGGGGCCACUGGGGCUGGAGGGCAGGGGUGGAAGGCCCCUGGGGAAGGGCUCCCUCCUGCUGGCUGUAGCAGGAGCCACUUCCCUGGUGACCCUGUUGCUGGUGGUGCCUGUCACCGUCCUGGCCGUGCUGGCCUUAGUGCCCCAGGAUCAGGGAGGUCUGGUACCAAAGACGGCUGACCCCGGGGCACAGGCCCAGCAAGGACCCGAGCAAGGACCUGGAUUUCGGGAGCUGCCGGAGGAGGAGCCAGAAACAGAUCUCAGUCCCAGGCUCCCGGCGGCCCACCUCAUAGGCGCCUGGACGAAGGGGCAGGGGCUAGGCUGGGAGGCGACGCAGGAAGAGGCGUUUCUGAGCAGCGGGACGCGGUUCUCGGACGCCGAGGGGCUGGCCCUCCCGCAGGACGGCCUCUAUUACCUCUACUGUCACGUGGGCUACCGGGGCCGCGCGCCCCCUGCCGGCGGGGCCCGCGCGCUCACGCUGCGCAGCUCGCUGUACCGCGCGGGGGGCGCCUACGGGCCGGGCGCGGCCGAGCUGCUGCUCGAGGGCGCCGAGACGGUGAGCCCGGUGCCCGGCCCCGCCGGGAGGCCAGGGUACGGGCCCCUGUGGUACGCGAGCGUGGGGUUCGGCGGCCUGGUGCAGCUCCGCAGGGGCGAGCGGGUGUACGUCAACAUCAGUCGCCCCGACAUGGUGGACUACGGGAGAGGGAAGACCUUCUUCGGGGCGGUGAUGGUGGGGUGAGGGCCGCCCGCGCCCUGGGAAAACCAUUGCACGGUGCGAGUGCGACACCCGGGACCCCACGGCAGCGGGGAAAAUGUAGGAGAUUGGAAACUGACUUUGAGGCUGAUGAAAAUAAAGAAUGCAAAGCUUCAGCGCUGCCAAUGCAGAUGCUGAGAUGCUAGCGUGUCUUAAUUCA